UCUGGUAGUGGGGUGGGCCGGGAGGGACGAUUGUGACACCAGAGGGAAUGUUUACUUGUGCAGAAGUCUUUCUCAUGUGGAAACACGCUGCUCCCUAACUCCUGGCUAAGCAGACUUCAGUUCGCCAACUUUGCUGCCGUACAGCACACGUAACUCCUUGACAGGAUGGCAGACAAAAGAACAGCUGGUGCAAAGCAAUAGGGGAUUCAUAGCAAGGAGGAGGAAAGAAAAUCACAAACCUUUCACCUGCACCAUUGACAUCCAACGAUUUUCACAGCAGCAGUUGCGACGGGACAAGCUGAAGCCACCAUGCGCAGGUCUAGCACCGAUGAGUCGACCUAUCACAGGAGCCCUUCCCUGGACAGCAAGGAUUACAGUUUCCCAAAUGGCACCUUUCGUCGAUACAGCAGCAUGUAUGGCGGCCAGUUUGGGGCUGCCAGCAACUCUUUUUUUGGAUUUCACACCAACCCAGGCCCUAAGGCCACCAAGGCUAAGUACACGUCCCCCAAGGGAAACAAGUACGUUGUCUUUUACCUGGAUCUCUCAUUUAUUUUUCUCCUAGAACUGAAGAGGUGCAGCAUGGCUCACAACUGCCUGCAGUGUAUCAAGUACCUAAUGUUUGUCUUCAACCUUCUCUUCUGGUUGGGAGGCUGUGGAAUCCUUGGAGUAGGCAUCUGGCUGGCCGUCACCCAAGGAAACUUUGCCACCCUCUCUUCUUCUUUCCCGUCCCUGUCAGCUGCCAACCUACUGAUCGUCACAGGGACAUUUGUCAUGAUCAUUGGCUUCGUGGGCUGCAUAGGCGCCAUCAAAGAAAACAAGUGCCUCCUGCUGAGUUUUUUUAUCAUGCUGUUAAUUAUAUUUCUGUUGGAGCUCACUGUUGUGAUUCUGUUCUUCGUCUACACCGAUAAGAUUGACAAGUACGCUCAGCGGGAUCUGAAGAAAGGGCUUCAUUUGUAUGGGACCGAUGGAAAUAUUGGCCUAACUAAUGCAUGGAGCAUCAUUCAAACAGAUUUCAGAUGCUGUGGAGUCUCCAACUACACUGACUGGUUUGAAGUGUACAAUACAACCCGGGUGCCGGACUCCUGCUGCUUAGAAUUCAGCGAGAACUGUGGACUCCAUUCCCCAGGGACCUGGUGGAAAGCACCUUGCUAUGAAACAGUGAAAAUAUGGCUCCAGGAAAACUUACUAGCAGUGGGAAUCUUUGGAUUGUGCACAGCUAUGGUGCAGAUUCUCGGACUCACCUUUGCAAUGACCAUGUAUUGUCAGGUAGUCAAGGCAGACACCUACUGUGCAUAGAUACCAUUCCCAAUCUUUCUGCUCCUCCUCCAAAGGACACAGGAGAAAUCUCCUUCAUGCUCAUUCAUCUGACCUUUUUUUUUUUCCCCCCUUUGUACUAUGAACUGUGUAUAAUGCUAUCUUUCUGAAGAUUUUUGUGAAUCACCCCACUUUACUGAAGGAGGAAGAAAAGAAAAAGUCAGUACUUGAACUGGCACAGGUAAGAAGCAGCCUUGUCUUUAAACAGAAGAAAACCUCCAAAGAGCAAUGGUUCCUUUUCCACGGCCCAAGGCAAAGCGAAAGGAGGCUGCAUAAGAGGGGCUGAUCCGCAAACUGAUGUUAGGAAAAGAUUGCACUGAGGCAACCUCUGCGAAACCCGCCAGGUUUCAUGGUCUGGAAGAGAGGGCACAGAAAAAAGAGUAUUCUUCAGCGUGGAAAGAAGGUACAGAGUAGCUAGCACUGAAUGCAGGUGUACUACAGUUUGCACGCAGCUAGAAUGUCGAGAUCAAGCAGCCCUGCCUCCAAGUGUCUCAAGAUGAUUUUGUAGCCAGGCGAGGAUCAUCUUCAGAAAUAUGUUACUUUAAAGGAGUAUUUUUAAUCUUAUGCGCUGCAAAGGCAGGCUUUUAAUCAGAAUCUGUACAGUGAGAUCUGGCUGUUAAGGGAAAACAACAUUGGACAUUGUCUCACUUAUUAAUUGCCAGUGGCAUAUAGAUGGUUGACUGUAUGUAAUAUAUAUUACAUUCAUAUACACAUACUGUUCCGGAAGGUGGAAAUACCUAGCAUCUAACCUCAGAAAGAGGGAACCUUUCUAUCCCAUUUUACAUUCCAACUGAAAUAACUGAGUAUUAUUUCUUGUAGGAGGCACUAUCACUUAUACCUCUGGGAAACAAGUAAUUACUUUCAGCUGUAUGUUCAUUUCAGUAAACAACUUGUGAGUGGGCUCUCUCUGUCAUUCUACUACGGUUUUAUUUCUUAUCAUCCCUGUUUCAAGUUAGUCUGCCAAAAAAUAUCACUCACUUCCACACUUGAGGAUCCGUACAAAGCUGUCAGCUGUUCCUUCCCCGAAUGUCACCAUUUCAUUAAUUUACUUUGGGAUAUCAUCAUCUGCAGGUAUGAUAGAGUUUGCCUUGCUGAGGAAAAAUCUUUUGCACAUUGCUCAUUUUUCUGAGAGUUAUUGAGACUUCAGAUGUUUUUAUGCCUAGGUUUUUUUGGUGGUUUUGUUUUUUGGUGUUUUUUUUUUUCAGCUGCAUGUUUACAACAGCCAGGACACAUCAGUCUUUGUUAGAACAGGAGUCACCUCUCAGUUCUGUUUUUCAGACCCAUCUCCUGCUGCCUGGCUGUUGCCUGGAAUAUGCCCCACACUUUUGGGAAUUUGCAGAAACCAAAAUCGUAACUCCCCUUUAGCCAGAAAAUUGCCACCAGUUGUCCGAUUUCCCUGCCCUGCAUUGUUAACUGAAGUAACUGAUGUAGUACACUUCUGUGCACACCUUCUAGCGAUGAAGUUACGAAUCAGAUGUUCCUGUUCAAACAAACAAUUCCCCAUCAGCAAGCAGCCCCAGGUAAUGCACACGUGACAGGGAGACGCUGACGCAGAGCAGGGAAAGGACACAGCCGAGAACGGGCAAACAGCAAUGCUGCUGGCCUGCUCCCUGCUGCCGGCCUUUGAGGACCUCUCAGCCACUGACAAUAGACCAGAGACAACCACAGUGCCCUGUUUUCCCAGAAAGCUCAAUGCAGCCAUUCCUACUGUGACAGACUAUACUCAUGCAUCAAGUUCAGGUGAAAAAAGUUACCCCGUACCUUUAGUGCUUACAACAGCAGGUCUCAGCUAUGAGUGACAUUUUGCUUACUUUGAUUUAAAGGCAAUUUCCAGCAGUAAAGCUGGACUCACUGACCCACAGCUUAUUGAGCAACCUUCUUAACACCCAUAAGUAACCCUUUUCUGGACCUGCACCAUUGACAAAUACUACCCUCACUGCUUAGGUUUUGGGUUUUUUUUUUUCCUUUUUGCUGUUUUUCUGCAGUCUUCUCACCCUCAGGCCCAAACUUGUCGGGAAGUGCUUGGGAUGCUCUGGUGUGUGAAAAAGCAAGCAUCUUCCAAAAUCUUGCCCCCUAUAAAGGCACAUCUCUGAAGGAUACAUCAUCCUCUGUCACGUGGAGCACUUAGCUGUGCAGGCCAAGCUGAAAGUAAUGUAUUAUUACUUGUGUGCAUUUUGUGUGGCUUCCUAACCACUCACUACCACAGCAACCUCACCACCGCUAAAGGAUUUUACUGCCCUACUAACAAGCCUUGACAAAUGUUAACAGAUCUCGGCCCAAGAGAGAGGUUAAACCGAGUGAGUAGCCCACACACAGGCACCCUGUACCCCAGGCAAGAGACUUACUCUUGACGUUACAAUCACCAGAGUCUCAACCCUCUCUGCUUCCUGAGCACAGGCUGACCUGUCAACAGUCCUGCCCUUCGAAAGAUGGUUCCUUCCCCUCUGUUCCUUUCUUACCUGCAUAGACGUGAUUCCAGGUUAGAUAUACCAUUAGUUCUUGCCAUGGUUUAUAGUUUGUAACACACAGGUGCUCCUGCUGACAGCUCAGAGUUUCCAUCACCGAAAAGCAGCAUAACAGAGUGAUGAAUAUAUUAAUAAAACAUUGAUUUUUAAGAAAGAUAAAAGAUAGACAAGUCUAUUUGCAGUGAUCCCCGCCAUUAAAAAUUAACACAGAUACAGCAGGCUGAUGAUGGCUCAGUUGAUAAGCGUGAACUGUUGUGCAGCAGAGCUCCCACAGAGGGCAACUUUCAUCACUUUGCCUGAUGGCGUAGGGAAAAGAGCGAUCACAAACCCUCAUCCUCUGAGUCUCCCAAUAAUACGUGCUGAGCCCUCAGAGAAGACUGCUAGACUUCAGCUAAACCUACAGAAGAAACAAAAUGAGAAACAAAGCCUGAAGAGAAGUCAUGCUGUGGUUCCCUCUAAUAAUUUUCCACAAUUUAGGUGUCUUUACAAGAUAAACUGGCUCAGUUUUCAAAAACAUGUAUGUGUAGGGAGUAUAAGCAAUACUCGGGUUGUAAAUGCCAGUCACUGCAACAGAAACAUACGGCACUAACGGCUGAAAAGAAAGAAAGAAAAAACAGGGGAAAAAACCCAAAACAGACCACACAUUGCUGCUAGUAAGUCUUUUUUUAAACACUACCCUUACACUGCCAACUGUUACUGCAACUUGUUUAUAAUUUGAACUGGACUAUUUUCUAUAUUUGAUGUUAUUAACUCUCUUCACACAGGCCAAACAUGUUAUGGUGCUUAAAGCAUUACCAGCACAAUCCAAUUUCAAACCUCUGAACAUAUUGCAUAUAACAAGCCUCAGACUUACCAUAUUUUCUUUUUAAAAAGCAUUGCAUACUUCAUCUGCUGACAAGGCCAGAGUAUUUUAAAACCCAAUAUUAUCCAUAAAACUUCAUGUUGAACUGGUUGAUUAUAAAUACCGUAUAGUACAUUAAUACCCAUUUAAAAGGCUGCAGAGCAACACAGAAGUCGUUCCAAUUGCUGCCAUUAGCGUUUUGUCACUUCUAGUGAAGUCUUUUCUAUUAUUUUCACUUCUUAUCUUUAAACAUGAAGGAGGACUCGAUACAUUUAAAUUAAAGACAGAACCAAAGGCAACAAAGACAUUGAAGGAUUAAUGCUCAUUGAAGGAAUUUAUACUUUCUGCUUAAUAAAACGAUGUGAAGGCACAGGGCGCACGGCUGGACCUACUGAAUUCAGCAACAUCAGCAUUUAGCUUUUAGUCAGUCCAAUAUACUUCUGAUCUUCACAAUUUAUAUAUACGUAUAUAUACAUUCAAUAGAAUAUGGUUUAUUUUCCUGUACAGUAACUGUCAGUAGCAGCCAAAUCUUAUUGCUUGUACAAUAGAUUUAUUUAGCUCCACAUCUUACAGUGUACAAUCACUGAAAUUCACUCCAGUCUCUGUUCUAUGAAUAAUUCUUUGUUCCUCCCCCUCAAAUAAUAUAAACUCGUAAAGGUUCAUUCUCUCAUUUAAUAAUUGCCAUUUGAAUGCAGCAUUGUAUGAUUUAUAAUAUGGAGAGGAAGGAACUGCACAGAAGCUGUAAAAAUAUCUUAUCUUGCAUCAGCAAUAUGGCUGCUAUGCGAAUCCACCCGACCCCCUCACUUCUCACGAACUAGGAACAUUAAUGGUUACAGCUUUCCGCGUAUGUGGCUCCCGGCUGCCUCUCCCCCAAUUCGUAGCUAGACCUGAGGUUGUUAGUAUCGAGAGAGCUGAAGCCAUUCACUUACCCCUUAGCGCCAUUGUUGUGCUAUAAAUGUGGCACCAAAGGUAAGCAACAAAAACCAGCAGUUGAUUGUGGCAUUUGUUUUAAAACCAGACUCUAUUAACUUUGUCUGCAAGGAUUCUUGCUAAGUGUGACUGGUCUGCAUAGAUACCAAGUUAGACAAUUCACUGGAAGAAAGCAAAUCAGGACUCACCAUGGGAAAUUUUGUUUGGAUUCCAUUGUGAAUUCUCCUGGGUUGUCACUGGUAUCUUACCCCAGUGGGCAGGUCUCCUCAGUUCUUUGGAUUUUGUCGCUGCAUCUACAGUGAUACAUUUUUGUGCAUUCAUAUAAAGAACAAAAUUUAAAAUAUACAUUUUAUUUUUAAAAAGUUAUUAAAUAUUCUUUAAAGUUUACAACAGAAUGUCUUUUGUAUUCUUUAUAAUCAAUUACACUACAAGCUAUACAGUGAGUAUAUACGUACCCAAAGAUGUCUGUGCAAGUGCACACACACACAAUGUACACAAUAAAAAAAAAAUACACAGCAUACUUCUUUUUUGUCAUUUCUCAUUACCUGUCUUUGAUUUGACCUAUCCUUCCUUAUAGAUGAUUUAUUAUUAUUUAAGUGCCUUACCCAUUCCCAGGUAAAUUUAUACCCUUUUCUGUUUCCUCUUAAGGGCAACCUGCAAAUUAUAUGAUAAUCAAUAACAGUCCAGAAAAUACUGGGGGAUGAGAUAUACAGUGUAACAAAAUACUUAGACCCAAACCCAAUUAUUUUCUGUUUAAAACUUGUCUGUUACUGAUAAUUCUGAGACAAAAGGACCUCUUUUUCUGAGGUAGUUGCUUAGAUUCAGAAAUUACGUAGAAAACCAGAAAAUUAACACCAGACCGUGUUAAAAUGGAAUAACUAGGAACACCUACUAUGUCGGCUCAGAAGAAGGGUUGGUUAGCCAGGUAUCGUGUUUGCGGUUGUGUUGUAAUGCAGCCUUUUUCAAUACAAUGUAUUUUACUCUCCAGAUCAAACAGCUUCGCAAGUGCAAUUGCCUCUAAAAUGAGUGCAUUCUGAACAACAUAUUAUUGAAAGUGUUAAGGGUAAAUGCGGCCUGAAAUUAGAGACCCAGAGGUUUUAGAGGUUGUUGCAGGAAACCUCAUAAGUAAAACCCAAACCUUUGGUGAAAGUUUCUUACACCUCCCUCAAUUCAGUAGGCAUGUUUGUAUUACUUGAAUUUUCUUCAUCCCAUUAAUUGUACCACUAGAUGGUCUCAUUAACCACAUUACCUUUAAUGCCUUUCUGACUUUGUGAAACUUCCCACUUCAGUCUUACAUUGUAGCAGUUGGUUUCACAAUUUCAUCAUGCCGUAUACAUUUAAAAGGACUCUUCUUAUAUGGAUUUUAACAUGUUGCUUUUCAAUUUUGUUUAUUCGCCAUUGAUUCUAUACUUCAGGAAUGCCAACUUAAUGAUUCUUACAGAAAUACAUGGGCACAGAGCAGCUGUAUUAACUUUACAGCCUAAUUUGUCUUUCCACUAAAGCUUAAACCUGGGUAAUAGAGUACACUAUUGAUUUUUAAGAUCCCAUUCUUUAAAAAAAACUAAGCCCAGCGUACCUUCCCCCAGCAGCUAUCCUAGCUCAGUCGUCUUUGCUUUUUGAACUACAUGUUGGUAUAGACAGAGGUGUUUCUAUUUUAAUCAACAACUAGCCUAAUAUUUCAGCUGACAUCCUGCUAUGUACAUCAACUGUACUUAAUACAACCUGGGAAUAUCAGCCUUAGCUGAUUACACUAGCUGUCUAAUACAAAGUACUUUCUGGCUGCAUGGUGAUCAUUUUCGAAGAGACUUAAGGAUAGCCUAUGAAACACAGAGCCCUGUAUUUCUUACCUUCCAUAUGUUAAAAAAAAACCAAACAAAAACUCUCUCAUUAUUAACUCACCUAGCAACAGCAAUUUGAAAGGCUUUUUUUCUGAAAUCGCAUCAGUUGCCUACGUAGGUCAUUUUACCCUAGGCAUUCCUCCCCCCACCCCACCCCACCUCCCCCUUAAAACUGUUUCUCCAUAGCAAUACUGUAUGUUAUUCUGUUCAUUAAAAAUCAUGGGGUUUGUUGACCUGUAAGAAUGGCUUAGUUUACAAUUUUCUUCCAAAUCUACACCAGUGCCUGUUAGACAGCAACACAGAGGGCCUAUAAGUCAACUUGCAAUGCAUGGGUUUUUAAUGAAGAAAUGGCUGAUCAGCUAAACUGGUUUCUCGACCAACUCCCUGGUCGCUUUUAUGCAGAAAUUUUUCAGGCAGAACACUUUAGUACUACAGAGUUGCUUAACAGAGACUUCCUUGUACUUAUGGUUACAAGAAUAACUUGAAAAGAUGGGAUCCCUAUCCACUAUAGACCUCCCCUUACAAUCCCAUGACAUUGCUAUUACAGAAUAUGGUUCAAAUCACAGCAACAAGGUAAAAUAUAUAACUGUAUAUAAUGAAAUCUAUAUAAAACAAAGUACAGCAUAAAAAAACAAUUGUUAAUGUGUAUUGCUUAUGUGUUUAUUUUUUCCAUAUGGACAGUGACAGGAGGUUCAGAUGUAAAGCAUUCAUCCUGAAGACACUAAAAAUUACUAUAGAAAUAAAGGGAUAUCGGGAACUGGUUUGUGAAAGUCUAUUCAGAUGCACCUCAUCAUUUCCCUCCUCCACAAAUACCUUUCCUUGGCUGUAAAGCUUAACCCCAUUGCUGCUCCAGCCCUUCCAGCUCUCCUGUACCAUUUAAAUCUGCUGCUCUGCAGACAGGGAUACCUGGUUAAUCAAGGGCCCAGUCUGCCGAAUGCAGAGGGGAUUCAGUUAUUAGUAUUUUAUAACUUUAAGUGCCCAAGGACAGCCAUCUAACAUGGCUUUAUGAAGUUCAGGUUUCACGUUGCAUUAGGAGACCACAGUCCCUACAUAGCAAAGCAAAGCGAGUACUGUAACCAAGUAAUUCACAUCAGCCUAGUUGUGAACCUAACUAGUGACGGAACCUGAAUUGCUCGCAAAGUCCGCAGUUCCCCGAUGCAAGCCUACAAAUCAAAUUGCUAAUGAGUGCUGUUAUCAAGCAGAACUGUCACGAGUUGUUUAACAUUCUUCAGAGAGACUAAUGCUGCAGGGAUUAUUCCCCCCCUCCCCCCUUUUUUUUUUUAACUUUUAACCCAAUUUACCUUGGAAACUCACUCAGUGUUAUUGUACCAUCCACAGAUGCAAUUAACUGAUCCUGCUAUUCUAUCGGCUUGGCUAGCACGCACCCAGAAUAUUGCAUUAAAAAAAUGCCUCAGCCUAGAAACGUGGCCAUUGCUGUUCUUUUGAAAUGCUCACGUGCAUCCACACACUAUUGAGGUGACCGGAGCACUGUUUGCAUCCCCACAUUUUGUACUGUGACAGACUAACUGUCCCAGAUAACUUCUCCAAAAAAAAAAAAAAAAAAAAAAAAAGGCAAUUCUCAGUUCUCUCAUUUCUCAAGGCAGUGAACCCUCUCCCCGAGGGAGUUAAAGCUGUUUACAGACUCGAUUAAGAUGAAGCAUUUGCAAGUACUCCAGGAAAAGGGCACUUCAGCACGGUGCUGCUUCUAGUGCUUUCUUGGAACCCUUCCUCUCACUCUAUGAGUCUAAAGCAGAUUGCUUAUGACAGUCCAAGUCCCUAAAAGCUCCUUUAUAAUCCCCAUAACACCACACAGCCUUCCUCCUGCCCCACCAAUGGCCGCUGUCUUUGCACCUGUAUUAAUUUCAUUUGAAAUUCAUGUUGGCAUUAGUCAAAUAGGGAGGCUCAUAUAGCUGUAAGUGAAGCUAUUUGGAAAAAUUCUUCAUGUUAUGAGCUCAGCUGCAGGAACUGGACGCACAAGUAUGUUACAAAGAGAAACAGGAACAUUUCCCCCUAGAAGCCAGAGGUGCUUUGACUAUUCGUUUGGUGAGCAGCCUAAGUGAUGCUACUUGGUCUCUCAAGAACAGAGAUGCCUCGAAACCUCAUGGUUGAAAAUACUUCUUUUGGGGGAAGAACAGAAAUUGUGAACUCAGACCUGUGCACAACUGAAGGAAUUAUGGAUUUGCAAAUGCAAACACAAGAGAGUACAUAGACUGAAUUGAUAUGUCAUGUAAUUACCAAUUCACUUUCCCUAAACAAAAUAACUCACCAGCUUGGAAGUACAGCUUGUUGUCAUGGAACUUGCUUGAUAUUUGGUGCUAAUAAAAACUGAAGUUUUAAAUCUCCUUUCUGUGAAGUCUG